CAAUGUUUGCGCCCUCACAAUUCGCAGGCUGCAUCUGUGCAUCACACAUCCAGAUACAGGAUCUGGUCUGCCCACACGAUAUGCACGGAUGAGCCCACUUCCAGACUGUGAGAUCUAUUCCAAUACAUGAUCAGAGAGGCAUUCCGCACUCUGUACCAGGUCUUCUCUGCAGCCGCAUGGCCACACCUGAUGGACUCACGCCCUUGAGGAUACGUGGCAAACGCCGCGGUGCUCCCAGCGAGAAGUGGAAUGCUGGCAAACGUCGUCGGCCAGAGCUACAGAAACGGCACAACUCUGUCGAUAUCGCCAAGGCCGACGAAUCGCGAUCUGCAAAGCUACGCCUUCGUAAAAGCCGUGAGUCCGACGACGACUCGCCGCUCGAGACCUUGCCAGCAGAAGUCUUGCAGCAGAUCUUCGAAUAUGCAGGUAACGUGGACCUGGCAGUAGUGUCUCGUCAGCUUGCUGCGAAGCUUUCCAAGAGCCAUCAUCUGCAGUACGAACUUACAACACGCCUUCUUGAGCCUGUCCUCGAUCCUGCAGAUGGUUCCGAGCCCAGCGCUGCAGAGCUGCAUGCUGCUACCCGUCUGCUCGACUCGAGAUUCAUGACCUGGCGAUUUUUCACAGCAUGGCUGCGUCGCCAGACCAACGUCGCGCUCACGGGAACCUCUGACGACGAGCCCAAUUUCAACGAGCUAUGGAAAGCCCUCCGGCCUGAUCAUGCUCUGUUGCCACCAAGAAAGCUUUUCCUCCCGCCAUUCACCACAGAGAAAGUGUCUUUCAUGUCACUUCUACUUCAAAACGUGAACGACAUCACGCUCCUUGACGCCUCUUACGGAGAGAUUGCAUAUGAAGGUCUUGUCGCGGCCAUCCAGUCUGACAUGCCAGACCUGGUCUUCUUGUUCCUUGGUGUAGGGCUGAACAGCGACACAGAACUUUUGCGAACUGCUGUUGAGGCUGGCUGCAAUCAGGAGAUUGUGCAAAUGCUUGUAGAUUCUGACGCUGCGAGACAGCGAGCCGCCGGUAGGUCGAAAGGCGAGGUCGAUUUGCUGGAUCCAGCCAUAUGGGCUUGGGCUGAGCACGCUCGCAAGCACGGCAAUGAUCGGGGAGAGUGGCUCGUUUCUUAUCUUCAAGCACGCCAGCGCAAAAUCGUCCCAUCACGCUAAAUACUACUCCACUUCACAAUUGACUACAUGCAAUC